GGCGGGGCGCAGUUCGCAGCGUCUUUGGUAACGCAAGCAGCUGCAGAGGAGCAGUCGUGAGACCGUGAAUACCUGACAACGGGUUGGAGGCGGCGGAGCGCGUCGGGGGUCCUUUUCUCUGUCCUUGAGGCUGGAGAAGGGAGAGACCAUGACUGCUGGCUCAGUGUGUGCCCCUCAGAUCAUACCUCUGCGAGUGCCUCAACCUGGAAAAGCUAACCAUGAAAUUGAUACCAAUACUCUUUUGGAAAUGAAAUCCGACACCCCAGAUGUCAACAUAUAUUACACCCUGGAUGGCAGCAAACCUGACUUCCUAAAGAAAGUUGGUUCUGGUGAAAAUAAUACAUUUAAAUAUGUAAAACCUAUUACUCUGCCUGAUGGAAAAAUACAAGUUAAAGCUGUUGCUGUCUCUAAAGACUGCAGACAGAGUGGGAUUGUGACAAAGGUGUUUCAGGUGGACUAUGAACCACCAAAGAUGGUCUCUCCUGAAGACAAUGUUGAAGAUGCUCUCAAGGGGUUCUCAAAGCAGGAAUUAAAAAAUGGUUUUGUUGGACCAAAACUAAGGAAGAAGUAUAAGAAUGCUGAAAAUAAAUCAACUUGGAAUGUUAAUCUUAGACGGCUUGCAGACCUCAAGGUAGGUGAAAGAGCAGACCCUAAAACUCUGAAAGAUCUUCGCUACGCAGAGAGUCCACUGGAAAUCCCAGCCUACCGUGAGGGAGCGAGUGCUCGACUACCUACUCACCAGGCCCAGGCCCCUGGCUUCGCACACAUAACUGGCCAGAAGAGUCUGACAAGCACCGAGAUCAUGAGGAUCCAGAGGGAGACAGACUUCCUCAAGUGUGCCCACUGUCUGGCUUCCCGUCCAUCUGAUCCUUUUGCUCGAUUCUGCCAAGAAUGUGGCGCUCCUGUCCCGCCCAUAUUUGGCUACCGUCUUCCACCCCCAGAAGCGGCUCAGAUGGGCGUGUGUGCCGAAUGCGGCAGUAUGGUUCCCAUGAACACCCACAUCUGUGUGGUGUGUGAAGCUCCUCUUGCUCCACAGCUGCGGCCACAGGCCAGCCUCUACUUAAAGGAGAGAGUGAUCUGUCGCACCUGUGGCACUGGGAACCCUGCUCAUCUGAGAUACUGUGUCACCUGUGAGGGGACCCUGCCUCCUACACAAGAGCAGUGGCUGUGCAGUGGAGAUGAAGUCCCUCGUCCACCCACUCGAAAUGGGGAGACCAUCUCCUGCUCCAGGUGUGGCUGUCAGAACCUCUGGGAGGCAUCCUUCUGUGACUGGUGCGGAGCCAUGCUUGGCAUUUCUGCUAGCCACUCUGUCUGCCCAAAAUGUGGGGCCAGCAACCAUGUGACCGCCCGAUUCUGUGGCUCCUGUGGUAUUUACGUGAAGUCUGUAACAAGAUUUAGAAUGAACAACAGUGUGGCCAUAGUUGCUGGGGCGUCUCGCCCAUUUCCUGAGCCCCGAUCUGCCUGGCAGCCCCUAAGCGUCCCUUUGCCCACAUCUGCCACUGGGUCUAGGAAGGACACGGGCACACAGACCUCUGGCCUGUUCUACCCAUCUGGCAAGCUCCUGGCAAAGAAGGAACUGGAGGCGGCUUCUCACAGGCAGAGGCAGGAGAAGAUGAGUGACCACAGGCCGGUCCUCACAGCUGUCAGCCCGGGAAGAGGCUACUGGAGAAAACAGUUGGAUCACAUCUCUGCUCACCUCAGGUCCUAUGCUCAGAACAACCCUGAGUUCCGGGCCUUGAUUGCAGAGCCCAGGAUGGGAAAGCUUAUCUCUGCUACCGUCCAUGAAGAUGGCUAUGAAGUUAGCAUCAGGCUGAACUAUAUUCAAGUCUCAAACAAGAGCCUGUACUUCAACAAGUCGGUGAAUCUCAGUGACCACUUUCUGAGCAGUGUCACCGAAGGUGGGAACGGGCUGUCUGGCAGCAGGUCCAGCUUGGUGAGUGCCUAUAGCCAGAGCCUCUCAGACACCCCCGAAAAUAUCAAGAAGAUGAAGAAUCUCAAGGCCAAAACCUUCCUUGUAAACCCAGAGCCGCUCACACAUGAAAACAAACUCCUGCUGGAGGAAGUUGGCUCCACAGGGAAAGGAAGACUGUCUGUGCUGGAACAGCUGCUGGAUGAAGGAGCAGACCCUAACUGUUGUGAUAGUCAAGGUCGACCUGCUGUUAUUGUGGCUGUUGUGAAUAAACACUAUGAAGCCAUUCCAGUCCUCGCUCAGAGAGGAGCAGACAUCGACCUGCAGUGGGGACCUUUCAGAAAUACAGCUCUUCACGAAGCAACUCUACUUGGCCUGGAAGGAAGGGAGAGCAUCGCCACUUUACUGGGGUGCAAUGCAAACACCCAAAAGAAGAACACAAGAGGCCAGACAGCAUAUGACAUCGCUCUGGAGAUGGGGGAUGACCUCACCUCUUCACUCUUUGCCACUAAGUUCACUCAAGGUCUGGAGGACCAACUUUCUCCACCUGGGAACCACAUCCUAGGUGACAGUUAGAUCUGAGGGAGUCAGGAGGCUGCAAAGAGACUGCCCAGCUUUAGCUGUGCUUGGUUUUGGAAUGUGUAUUUAAGUGUAAGAAUUCGGGUUGAAAAGAACUCCUAAGAGUGUGCGUGUGUGUGUGUGUGUGUGUGUGUGUGUGUGUGUGUGUGUGUGUGAGAGAGAGAGAGAGAGAGAGAGAGAGAGAGAGAGAGAGAGAGAGAGGAGAGAGGGAGAUAGAGAAGAGAGAAUGUGUGUGUAUAUGUGUGUGUGUGUGUGUGUGAGAGAGAGAGAGAGAGAGAGAGAGAGAGAGAGAGAGAGAGAGAGAGGAAAUUGAACCUAGGGACUUGCAGAUGCUAAGGCAAGUGUUGUACCACUGAGCUAUAUUCCUAGCUCUCUUUAUUUUGAAAUAAGAUCUCACAGAGUUGCUCAAGCUGGCCUUGAACUCACCCUGUAGCAUAGACAGGCUUUGAACACCGUGAGAUCUUCCUGCCGCAGCCUCCUAAGUAGCUGAGAUUACAGGUUGGUUGUGACAAACAAAGCCAAUGUUUUGUUUUUUGUUUUUAGUUGGUAUAACUACCCAAUAUCACAUAUACCUUAGAGUAUGGUAAAAUUAGCGUUUUUGUGUUUCAUUUUCUGUUUUGUUAGGAUUUUUUUUUUUUCUGAGACAAAAAUGUCUACUAUUAGACAUGGCUGGCCUAGAAUUUGCUAUGUAGACCAGGCUUACCUUAAACACACAGAGAUCUGUCUCUGCCUCCCAAAUACUGGCAUUAAAAGCAUGUGCCACCAUGUCCAGAUUUUUUUAAAUAUUUUAUUGAUAAUUUUGAAAUUUGGUUUUUAAUUUUUUUCUGAAACAGGGUCUCAUGUGUCUUGUCCUUGAGCUUGUUAUGUAGCCAAGGGUGACCUUGAACUUGUGAUCCUGCUGCUUCCAGCCUCUUAAGUGCUGGGAUUACAGACUUGUACCACCACAUUGGAUUUUAUGUGGUACAGGAGACUGAACCCCAGGCUUCAUGCAUGCCAGUCAGUACUCUACCAACUGAGCUACAUUCCCAGCCUGGUUAUUAUCUUUCCAUAGAUAAUAAUUACUUGUGGUUUAAAGCCAAAAGGUAUAAAGUACUAUAUAAUAAAGUUCUUCUCAUCCAGGUUCUUCAACCACUGCUUCAUCCAUAGAACCAGCCAUGUCUCUGUAGAGGUGGUACAACAUUAUAUACUCACAUAUGUAUGUGUACACAAGGUGUAUAACAUAAAAAUAUAGCACGUAUAUAUCCUCCCCUAUAAUAUAGCUUAAUUAAAUACUGUGUAAGAAUUCAUAGCAGAAUGGCUAUGUCCUUUCCUUAGCAGAAAACAGUGUAUCUGAAAAGUCUCUUCCCAGGAUUCAGAACUGGAUGACCCCGUCUUGUGCUCCCUUGUACUGGACUCUUCUCCCUCCUCCCAGCAGUAUUCCCUGCCUCGUGGUGACCCCUCACCCACAGCAGACAGAUGGCUGAAAACAAUUCUACUUGGAUGAGAGCAUUACAGACUGGCUUUUUCCUACCAAGGAUGAGAGAAAUAUGUUCCUAGGAAUGGGUUUAAUAUUGAUGUAACUUAGAUUCUGCUAAGUCUGCUGAAAGCAAGACCACACUCAGCAUGACAUUGUGUUUCCCAGUGACUGUUCCUCUUCCCCCAACUCAUGUCCUCACCCUUGAUGUGAUGUGAUGUUCAGGACAUCCAUAAGGAAAGGGAGCCACUGUCUAUAAGAGACUUGUGAGGUCUCUUCCUAUAGCUAUGUUGACAUCUGGAUAGUGCUAUCAGAUGCUUCUGUGACUGCAGUUUCACAGGUGUUUUGUUUUCUACUGUCUAGCAGAGAGUCUAGCUCUCAGGCCCCUCCUUUGAAGAACAUUCCACAUUGUAUAAAAAACUCAUUGUUCAUGGGCCUACAGUAGCUAUAUCUCUCCCUUUUAUUUAUAGAAUAGUACAUGUGAGUCUACUUGGAGAGAGGUGGUAACUGCCACCUUGUCUGCCUCUCUGUGUAAUGAGUGAAACAGUUGGUCACAAUCAGUGGCCCAAUAGUAGUUGUGAUCCCACAUUCCUCAGAGCUACUUUUUUCCAGAAGUCACUCUACAAAUCCUUGACCAAUUUAUCCCCAAAUUCUCUGCCUGGUUGUCUGUUCUUUGUAUUUCCCUUGAAAACCUUGAAACUAUUCCCCCAAAUACACUGGCACACUUAUGGAGUUGGCAUAAAACAAUCUUAGAUACAGCAUUGGGGAAGCACAGAUAGAAAGUGUCAAGAGAAGACAGAGAAAUCAGACCAGCUAACAAUGUUGGAAUGUUAUGGUAAUGGCAUCAAUAUCAUUCUUAGUACAUGCAAAAGAGGGUAUGUAGGCCAAAAAUGAUAAGUCUUGUUGAGCAAAGAGAGGCUCAGUGGCCAUGGAGGAGGCAUUGACAGGAUGGAGAGUGGUCAUCUGAAAGAUGGGUUUGCAUGGUUCAAGGGAAGAGCAUCUGAUGAGCAGAAUACUUCUCCAGACUGUUGUCUGACUAGGGCAUUAGUGGAUUCAGAGGCCUAUUGAGUUCUUAACUGAUUGGUGGUGACAGCCCAACUAAAGGGACAUUCUUUAGAGCCUUUGCUGUUUGGUGUUAGGUAAAUUCAUAAUGAAGUCCACUGGCUUAUGCUGGAAUACAGUUUGAUCUCAUUCCCCACAUAACAUACCUGAAGGCCUCAGUAAACUUCACAGGCUAAUCCCCUUGUAAUCCUCCAGAGUCCUCCAUCUUUAGCAAAGUUGAAUUUGUUAGGUUGAGACAAAAAUGGUAUUCUCCAGCAGGUACAUUGUCUCCUGUGACUGAUGAGGCAAAGCUCUCCAUUGUUUUCAAUCUGUUACCAUUUUGGCCCAGUCUGGAUCUUUCUAUCUCUGACGUCUCUGCAUCUAUUGUAGGAACCCAGGAGGAGCUGUAGAUUUUCUUGGUUGGCAUUUUUGGCAGGAUGCAGUCUAUAGGUUUGAAUUAAGUUCAAGUUACCCAAAUUGUUGAGCCAAAAUAAUAUCUACAAAAGUGAGUCAUCAAGUCUGAGAGUCUGAAAGCUGCCUAGACAAUUCAGCUUUGAACACAGGCCUUCCAUGAUUCCAGAUUCACUGAAUGUAAAUCUUUUUAACAUGUAGGUGGCACUUAGGCCAGCUCAUGUCCCAUGUGCCAUUAGGACCCUGGUGGGAAUGAGGCUGCACCUUCCUGCCUACCAGAGACAUCCACAUGGCAAACAGCAAAGAGCUGGUGAUUCCUUGCAUAUUCUCAAGGUUAACAUGUAAGUGGGAUUUUUUAGUUGUGUCUAAUACUGUGAAAUGACAAAUGGUCUGUUUCCCUUCGGUAAGAUUCUUCAGUGACGUGACCACAUGGGUUGUUUCUGUGUCAUGUUCCUGACAGCCAAAGUCCUGAAGGUGCCUUUUCAUUUUAAAGUGAUUUGAUCACUGAGUUCAGCUUUGAGAAACAGGUGGGAAUAGAGGAGUCCCAAGAAUAAACCUUUAAGAAAUGUGGGCCGGUGAGAUGUCUUUUAGUGGUUGAAGGUGUGUCUUUGAAGAGGCUUCUGGGAUCUCCUCAUUCUCUUCUGCUUCCUGGUGAUGAAGUGAAUGAUUUUGGCCUGGUUUGAUGUAGUGCCUUGCCUCAGGCUCAAAGGCAUGGAACCAAAUGAUCACAGACUGGAAACUCCAAAACUGUGAGCCAACACAAAAUGUUUUGUUUGUAAGUUAUUUCCAGUAUUGUGGUAUAGUGAUGAAAUGCUGCUGAUUAGUACAAUGUUGUGCCUGCAUGCUUACACACCCAGCCUCCAAGCCUGAGGCUGUGAGUCUUACGUUAAUUAUAGCUCCUGGCCCAAGGUAGGGUCUUAGGAAAUACUUGUGAAAAACCACUUCAUAGUCUUUUGAAUCAUCAAUGUGCCUAAAGGAUAGCUUUGCAAAACAGACAUCUCAGCUAUAAAGUCUGGAAAACAUGAACUGUCUGAUAGAAGGUUGUACUCAACAGGAACGUGCACAUGCUGUGCUAGCAAAUUUCUAAAAUGAUCAAUAUCUUGGUUGUAUCGGCCUAUGCACUGUGAGAAGAGUUAUGUUGCUGCAGGUUUUGCCUCCUACACAUGUGUAUAGUUGAGAUGGAUGUUCGGGUCUCAGCAGAGUGCUUAAUCCUGUGUUUAUCCCAUGCAGACAAGUGAUUGUUUCAUAAAACAUUUCAUUCUUAUAGCACUAUAAGAAUCUAAAA